GAGAAGGCAGGGCAAAUUCCAGCCAUUCAAAAGGCUGUUUGGUAAAAAGAGAAGGAAAGAUUCCGGAACAGUCUUGGUGGAGGCACAGCUCAAAACCAGUCAGUCCACAGGAGAUGUUUGCAAUGGGGGCCUGUCAGAGGAUGACAAAAACAACAAACAUUUAAGGUCGCUAAACAACAUGGGUACUCGUGCGUUUUCACAUGACAGUAUUUUUAUCCUAGAAGGUCCAGAGGAAGACAGGAGUUCUGAGCAAGCCAUGUCGCAAGAAAACGUUACUGACAAAGUCAAAAGCCUCCAGAGACAAAUAGCCCACAAUAUAAAAUUUGGCCAGAAACCAAUAUCUGCCUCUGUAAGAAAUACAGAAGAUGGUGGAGGGAGUUCUGAGGAUGAGGAGCUACCAAGAAAUCCCGUUCAGGUCUUUGCACAGAUGGAAGCGAAGCCUUCAGAUUCAGGAACACAGCCCAUUGAUCUGCCCAAACACAGUCUUUUAUCCAAAGCAGAUAUAGGCAGUGGUGAAGAAAAGCAGGCUACUCCAGUCAAAUCUCUGAGGCCAAAACGAACAUUUUCAGCAGCAGGCACAAUUGAAUCUAUUAACCUUGAUGCAGUCCCUCUUUCUGGAUCCCGUCUGGAUAACACUGCUGCUAAACACAAACUAUCCAUAAAGCCAAAAAAACAGAGGGCAUCCAAGAAACACCAGAGACUAACACUGGACCAACAAGAUGUUGUCCUUCUUGAGUUAGAGGAGGCAAAAGGUAAACAGCAUGCAAAAGUAAAAAGUAAACAGGAAGAAUACAAGCAUAAUCAAUCCAAGGAACAAAAGAGAUACAAUGAAGAACACGAGCAAUCCAAGGAACAAAAGAGAAACAAUGAAGAACAUGAGCUUAGAGGAUCAAAAGAGGAGAGAAAAAGACAUGAGGAACACGAGAAACUGUGUGAAUCCAAGAAACAGAAACUUAAAGAACAACAGAGUCUAAUGGAAGAAGAACAAACGCAACUUGUAGAAGUUGAAUGGGAAUUGGAUGAAAAAAGACAGUAUGAAAUUGAGGGACAGACGGCACGUGAAGCAAAAGAACAGCGUCAGAUGGAAGAAAUUAGGCUACAUGGGGAUGAAGAACUGAGGCUGCGUGAAAUAGAGACUCAGAGGCAACGUGAGGCUGAAGAACUGAGGCUGCAUGAAAUAGAGAAACAGAGGCAACGUGAGGCUGAAGAACUGAGGCUACGUGAAAUAGAGACACAGAAGCAAUGUGAGGCUGAAGAACUGAGGCUGCGUGAAAUAGAGGCACAGAGCCAACGUGAGACUGAAGAACUGAGGCUACGUGAAAUAGAGACACAGAGGCAACGUGAGGCUGAAGAACUGAGGCUGCAUGAAAUAGAGGCACAGAGCCAACGUGAGACUGAAGAACUGAGGCUACGUGAAAUAGAGACACAGAGGCAACGUGAGGCUGAAGAACUGAGGCUGCGUGAAAUAGAGGCACAGAGGCAACGUGAGGCUGAAGAACUGAGACUGCGUGAAAUAGAGGUACAGAGGCAACGUGAGGCUGAAGAACUGAGGCUGCGUGAAAUAGAGGUACAGAGGCAACGUGAGGCUGAAGAACUGAGGCUGCAUGAAAUAGAGGCACAGAGGCGGCGUGAGAUGGAAGAAAGAAAGCAACGUGAGAGGGAAGAACAGGAGCUGCGUGAAAUAGAAGAACAGCAGCAAUGCAAAGCUGAAGAAAAGAGGCAACUUGAAGCUGAGAAGCAGAAGCUUAGAGAAAUUGAAGAAGUCCAACUUCAAGAGCUUGAAAGAAAAAAGAAACAGGAAGAACAAAUAGCAGAGGAACAGAAGAAGAAAGAAGAAAAGGAAAAGCAAGAAGAACUAAAACAACAAGAUAUUGAAGAAAUAAGAAAACACAAUAAAGAAGAGGAAGAGAAAAACAAUGAAGCAAAGAGACAAAAGCAAGAGGAUUUAAAAAAAAAUCUUAAUCCUCAAGAACAGGAAAAAUUAGGAGAGGAACUUAGGUGGCAGGAAAUGGAGGAGAGGCAGACCAUGCCAAGACCUUUCACAUUUAAAGUAUCCUCUGGAGAAAAGCAAAUUAUAUUUCAGAAGGUUAACCUAUCACCAGUAACACCAUUAAACCAGCUAGCCAGUCCACCAGGUACAGAGUCAAAGUCUUCUCCAAAAGCAAAUAAAGGUUCUCAUUCCUUACCAUCUUCAUUGUAUGUUCCUCACACAGCUAUUUUGGUAACAGGAGCCCAGCUGUGUGGCACAGCGGUGAAUUUGAACCAGAUUAAGGAUACAGCAUGUAAGUCUUUACUUGGUUUAGCUGAAGACAAGAAAGCCAGGGAUAUACCCCCAGUUGAACGUGUAAAUAAAUAUUCUCCUGAAGGAAAACCUAGAAUUAGAACAAGAUCCACCCACGGGCCAACAGAUAACCAGUCGAGUGCUGCAGUAUUAGCAGAGUGGGCCACUAUCAGGUCUAAGAUCCUUAAAAGUGCAGGAAAUGGAAAGGAGUCUGAGAGAGAAGUAAGACAUCAUGGUAGACUUAGUGAUGACUACACUCAAAAAGGGGUUACUGGUUUACACAGCAACCUUAGGAAAACUAUGUCUGCAAAUGCAAAGUUCUCUAUUACACCUGCAUGGCAGAAGUUUUCAGACGGCUCCAAAACUAGUGCAAACAUAAGUACAAAGCCUGAACUAGAAAAAGAAAUAGGGGCUUUAUCUUUAGCACUGGAUUCAGCUGAAUCUCCCCUGUUAGGUGCUAAAACUAACGACAGUGGAACCCAAGACAAAGUUGUGAAGUCAGUAAGGAUAGUGGAUAGCACCAAAGGUUGUGUAUUUGCCAAAGAUCUUCCAUCUUUUCUGGUCCCGAGCCCUCCUCACAUUUCAGACAAGGGACGUUUGUUGUCCGAACCCCGCAGCCCUCUGGAGAAUCAAGAUGUAGCCAAUCCUCUGAAAAAAGUCGAAGGAACUGACAAAAAGGGACAGAAUAUUAAUGAGAAACCUUCUCCCUUUGGCAUCAAGUUGAGAAGGACAAACUACUCUCUUAGGUUUCACAGUGAACAGCCAGCAGAUCAAAAAAAAAAGAAAAGAUACAGUGCUGGAGACAGUUUUGAAGGUAUCCCAACUCCUCUCAUCCCAUUUGGUCAUGAAAGAGACAUACCUGUGUUUUGCAAUAAACAUAGUCCACCUUCCAUACCAUCAGUCAGAGAAACAAUGGACAACAGUGCCACCAAUGUUCCACAAAAUGCAGCAGUACCAAAGUUGACACCAACUAAAAGUAGCAUUCCAGUAUUAUGCAGUGAAAGUGAAAAGCUUCCCUCGAAAUCCCCUCUUUACCAGAAACCAUUUCUCACCCCCAAACCUGUCCUUGAUACCCGGCCAUCUACUCUCCUUGCUAAAAUGGACAAAUGCAGUUUUGGUGGGACUGUAGCUCAAAGGACUACAAAAGAUUUAGCUGAAGAACAGAAAACGGAAGAAAUUAAGGCUGACGUCUCGCAAAAGAGCCACCAUGAUGAGGAAGAGAUGAAGGAAAAAAGGUUGUUCUUCCCAUCCAUUAACAUACCUUGGAGAGAAAAAACAGACAGGAAAACAGAGCUAAUCAGGAGAGAAAAGCCCAGUCUUUAUAGCAGGCAUUCACUCGAUGGCUGCAAUGCGACAGAGAAAAGAGAUUCACCGCAGCCCCUGUGGAUCACCCUGGCCCUGCAGAAACAGAAGGGCUUCAGAGAGCAGCAGUCCACUCGAGAGGAGAGAAAGCAGGUGAAAGAGGCCAGGCUGGUCGAAAACCAAUUAAAAGACAGUAGCGGGGUUAUUAGUCCAACUGUUAAAAAAGGAGGCAGUUAUAAUCAAGGAUUGCAGGAACCUCCAGUUCAGGAUGAAGAAAAGAAACCUGACACUAUUUUAACCAGAUUUGAACGUAGGGAACAAUUGAAAAAGUCCAACACACUUCCUAAUUCUGUUACAGUUGAAAUUUCAGACUCAACUUCCUUGGCCCCAUCAGUGAAAGAAGUUACCAAGAGAUUUCCGAGCUCAGAUUCAGCUCAAGUGUCAACAGAACCUGCUUGGCUGGCCCUGGCCAAGAGGAAAGCAAAGGCUUGGAGUGAUUGUCCUCAGAUUAUCAAAUAGCAAAGUCUCACACACAGUACCUGCCAUAUCACUGUUGCUUGUUUACUACUUUUCUACAGUUUUAUUGUGUUACUUUUACAUACUAGGGAUCAAAUCCAUGGUUGACCACACCUCACAGUCAAACAUAACAUUGCGCUGGGGCUGCAGCUUGCAUCCUACUCUGUAAUACGGAGUGUAUGGACUGACUUUGUAUGUUUGUAUGGGUAUCAGCUGCCAUUUUCAGCCAAACAGCAACUGGGCCAAACCUGUGUCUUAUGAAACGAUCUUCUCUUAUUUUAAAGAAGUACAUGAACAAAGCAUGUCUUGAAAGGCCCAGUGUCCAAAAGCUUGAACAACGGUGAUAUGUUUCUACUAGUUUUUGAUAUGUCUGCUUGAUUCUUUAGCUGCAAUAAACCAGAAGGCAGCAAUGUCUUAAGGGCUAGCAUUGCACAAAGAAAAUACCCAUUAUCUAAUGAAGGGAGGCCUCGCCAUCCCAGCACGUCAUCCUAUAAUAAACUGAUGGAGUCAUUUUCCACAAGUGUGCAAAUGUGAAUAGAAAUGAAGCAAAGUGGUGGUUCAGACAGGGAACUCACUUUUAAUCAGUCAAUCAAAUCAAGUUUAUUAAGCAUUGAUAACCAGACAAUUGUCAAUCGAAAUAGCAGUACCUUAUAGCUAACAAUGUAAUCACUUGUACAAUGAUUGUCAGGGAAAGGAUUCAGAUCUUACCUGAUCCAUUACCUCCCUGCUGCGAGUUACAGUUUGCCUCCUCCUCCCCAGCCUACACCUGUUUUUUGGCUUCAUCAAAAGGGGAUGAUGAAGUCAGCCUGUCCACUUAUCAGCGGAAAAAUAUAUGGGCAGGGGUUCCCUGAGGCGAGGCCAAAGAUGUAUUAUAUGUUAAAUUUGUUAUCCUAGAACGUGUAAUAUGCAUAAGUGUUAGCGUGUCUAAUCUGGAAAAAUAUUUUAUCUAUCAUAUGACUUCCCUGACUAAAUUGUUCUUCUGUUGAAUGUUGAGUCAUAAAGAUUUUCUUCAGACAUUUUUUUUUAAAUUACAGAACUGCUCAGACAAUUGACACACAGAUCUUUGUUAACAUUUUAUUGACUGUCACAGUACAAAAUACUAGUGAUUUAAACCACUUGUUUUAUUACAGAGCUUAAAGAAAUAGAUACGUAUAUGAGGUGUGUGCAAAAAGCAUUUUACAUGUAUUUGUUUCAAGACUCACAUUCAUUGUAAAUAGAAUACUUUUAAACAUUCUUGGUUUUGUUUGGUAUUAGUGAUUUCCAGUGACCUCUGAUAAGAAAGCUAAUAUCUAGUCAGACAAUAUGUAAACUUUUUGUUUUUAACAUGUCACAUAAGUUCAGCACUAUGAGAGUUGCACUAAAACACAAAAGUCUAAUUGUACUGUGGUUUAUGUUAUGCUUAACAAUACACUUGCACCAUAAUGUAUUUAAUGUUCAUCUUUUUUUAAACUAAAAUAAUUACAGAAAAUAUCCUAUUGCUGCUUAACAGCACAAGUCAAUGGUAUGUUUUAUUCUAUGUUAGCCUUGGAACACAGUCACUUAAUGAGAUCAUUGCAAGCAGAUUAUAUGUUCAUCACUACGUUAGCUGCUUGUGCUAUGUAAAAAGUAACAAGUUAUAUAAAACCAUAGAUGUAUGUAUAAAGGUAAUUUUGUAGUUGUAGUUUUAUUUAAUUUUUAAAUUGUUCCA